AACACCGUAGCUAAUGUGGGAUUCAAGAAACUUGUCGAGACUUUAGAUAAAAGGUACGACUUGCCAUCUCGAAAUCAUUUCAGUCGAGUGUGUCUCCCAGCUCUUUAUGAGUGUCACCAGGGUGUUCUAAAGGACCUUGCUAAUGCUAAAUAUUUCGUCACCACUACCGACCUGUGGUCAAGCCAAACAAUGGAACCGUAUAUAAGCCUCACGGUUCAUUUUAUAGAUGCCGAUUUCAACAUGGAAACUAGAUGUCUACAGACGUCUUAUUUCCCAGAGGAUCACACAGGGCAGAACAUCGCUGCUGGACUGAGACAAGCGAUAGCUGCUUGGAACCUAGAUGAGGGGAAACUCAUCUGCAUGACCACAGACAACGCCCGCAACGUAACACUGGCUGCUCAACUCAACGGCUGGAUGAGGCUUCAGUGCUUCGGACACAGACUCCAUUUGGCCAUAGGUAAGCUGGAUAUGAUUUACGGAUGUAAUUGUUAGAAUUUAAUGACAAAUUACCAUACAGUGUUUGCAACCUCACGCUAUGGAUGUCUAAAAAAACCUUUAUGAAAAUGCAGAGGCCAUCACAUAUUUAUUGUUUAAUUGUUUACAGUCAUUACCUACCUUUUUUGAUUUUUCCCACCUAAGUGUGAUAUUUGAGAUUUUGAUUCAUGAGUGAUAUAACUUGCUUUGACAUUUGAUUCAUUCUUUAACUAAAGGCCAGUAGUUUAAGUAGGUGGAAAAGAGUUCUUUAUAUUUAGUCUGUUUAUUUUUAUACAGUGUAUUUUUGUACUUUUCAGUUGAACUUUGUAUCUCAAGACAAAGUUACUGUUUGUUUAGUAAUUUAUUUAUUCAAAAUGAAUCCGUUAUGAAUUAAUUAUAUGAAUGAAUACGUAAUCUGAAAGAUAUUCUUUCUCUCUCACACACACAAAUGAUAGUCCUAUCUGUGGAUUGGAUUAUAUAUAUACAUUAUAACAAAUAAAUUAAAAUUAAUAUCUUAACAGAAUGUUCUUUUUUUCCCAAUCACAGAGAGAGCCAUGAAAGAUGCUAGGAUUGAUCGGGCAAUUGGGGUCUGCAAGAAGGUGUUCAGCACCUUCUCCUACUGUUGGAAAAAGAAGAAGGAGCUGGCCAAGGCGCAGAAGGCCCUGAGUCUGCCUGAACACUCACUAAAGACUGAGUGUCCAACAAGAUGGGGUUCGAGUCAUGCAAUGGUUUCCAGAGUCCUCGAGCAGCAGAAGGCUAUUGCCCAUGUCCUCUCUCAAGACAGGGGAACCCGGCACUUCAUCCCCACAUGGCAGGACAUUGAUGACCUUGAGCAAGACCCUGGGCCCUCUGGUUGAUUUCACCGAUGCUCUUUCUGGUGAAAAAUAUGUGAGUGUGUCCUUGGUGAAACCAUCACUACAUCUCUUCAAUAAGUCAAUCCUGGCAGACCAAAAUGAUGACACAGAUCUUUCCAAAUCAAUCAAGAAAAAAAUUCUGGACAACCUAAAUGAAAAAUACAAUGGCCCACCAACCCAGGAGCUGCUAGACAUUGCCACUGCCCUAAACCCGAGGUUCAAGAUGAAGUACAGCAGUGAAGUCAGCCAGGAGUCAGUGAAAGCCAGAUUGACAAGAGAGAUGAAGGAGAUGACGGAGACUCCAGUGAUGCAGAUGCCUGCUGAAUCUGAUGACCCAAAAGAAGCAAAGAAGAAGAGGAGGAAGAAGGGCCUCGGCAGUUUCUUCAAGGUCCCUGAGGACACUUCUCCAGGUGGUGCAGGGCCUGCUUUGCAUCCAGAUGAGGCCAUAGCCUCACGCCGGGGACACACCGGCCGCGGAAGCGCAGCGAAGCGCUGCAAAAAUGGGACCGCCUUCAUUCGGCGCCCUUGUUAAGCUAUUCUAUAGACCACAUGGGCCGCCGAAGCGCCGCGAAUUGCCUCGCGCCGGCGCUCCAGCCCGCGCCUUGCAGUGAUCAUUUCGGCAUUGGCUCUAUUUUUUUCGCGAGCCGCGAGUGAAUCGCGUCAAUUCUGGCAGGAAGUCAAACCUAGACAUAAGAGGCAGGCCGGUAAAGUUAACAAAAUAAAACAUUUCAAAAUAAAAUUCCGCAAAAGUCAAAUGUGUUCGUAAUCAGACACUGCAGAAAACACACACACACACACACACACACA